GGACAACCAGACCACCGUCUGCUGUGACAGUGAAGCUCUCCCAACACCGAAACAGACCGAGGAAAAAAAAUCACACCACCACGCAAAUCCUGCCAAUGGAGGAGGGCCAGGACGUCUGCAAGCUAGCCACCUAGCUCAACUCCAGGGAGAGGAGACUAAAGUUAUUCCUGUGCAGUGAACGCGUGGACCCUCCUGUCACUUUCCAACUCCUGCCUCUGCUCUAUGGCCUUAAGCUUCUGCCCCAGUCAGCAGCAGCGUGAGUAGACGCCGUGCCCCCUCCUCGGUGACUCCCCUCUCGUGGGAGAAACACAGCGUCGCCGCCAUGUCGAGCAUCACCAUCGACCCCGAGCUCAAGCCCGGGGAGUUUGUCAUUAAGAGUCUAUUUGCUGAGUUUGCUGUGCUGGCGGAGAAGAAGAUCGAGAUGGUGAUGGCUGAACCGCUGGAGAAACCUCUGUCCCGGUCCCUCCAGAGAGGGGAAGAUGCACAAUUUGACCAGUUAAUAAGCUCUAUGAGCUCGAUAGCAGAACACUGUUUGCCCUCCUUAUUGCGCACACUGUUCGACUGGUACCGGCGGCAGAGCGGCACUGAAGACGAGUCGUACGAGUACAGACCUCGCUCCAGCACCAAGUCCAAAGGGGAUGAACAGCACCGGGAUAAAGAUUACCUUCUGGAACGGAGGGACUUAGCCAUAGAUUUCAUUUUUUGUUUAGUUUCAGUGGAAGUUCUAAAACAGAUUCCUCUUCAUCCAGUGCCAGAUGUUUUAGUACAUGAAGUUCUCAACCUGGCAUUCAAGCACUUUAAACACAAAGAGGGGUACUGUGGCCCUAACACUGGCAAUGUGCACAUCAUUGCAGACCUGUACGCUGAGGUCAUCGGGAUCCUGACACAGUCAAAGUUUCAGGCGGUAAGAAAGAAGUUCAUCACAGAGCUGAAGGAGCUCCGGCAGAAAGAGCAGAGUCCCUACGUGGUCCAGAGCAUCAUCAGUCUCAUCAUGGGCAUGAAGUUCUUCCGGGUGAAGAUGUACCCUGUGGAGGAUUUCGAGGCUUCGUUUCAGUUCAUGCAGGAAUGUGCCCAGUAUUUCCUGGAAGUCAAGGAUAAGGACAUAAAGCACGCUCUAGCCGGCCUCUUUGUGGAGAUCCUUAUCCCUGUCGCAGCAGCCGUGAAAAAUGAAGUCAAUGUGCCGUGCCUGAAGAACUUUGUGGAGAUGCUGUACCAGACAACGUUUGACCUAAGUUCCAGGAAGAAGCACUCUUUGGCUCUGUAUCCACUGGUGACGUGCCUGCUGUGUGUCAGUCAGAAGCAGUUCUUCCUCAACAACUGGCACAUCUUCCUCCAGAACUGCCUCUCGCACCUGAAGAACAAAGACCCCAAAAUGUCCCGUGUAGCACUGGAGUCCCUCUACAGACUGCUGUGGGUCUACAUUAUCAGGAUCAAGUGUGAGAGUAACACUGUCACGCAGAGUCGACUACUCAGCAUCGUUUCAGCACUUUUCCCAAAAGGCUCCCGCAGCGUGGUGCCCAGGGACACGCCCCUCAACAUCUUCGUCAAGAUCAUUCAGUUCAUAGCUCAGGAAAGACUGGACUUUGCUAUGAAGGAGAUCAUCUACGACCUCCUGUGUGUGGGCAAGUCUCACAAAACCUUCGCCAUCAACCCAGAGCGGAUGAAUAUUGGCUUGCGGGCGUUCCUGGUGAUUGCUGACAGCUUACAGCAGAAAGACGGGGAGCCUCCGAUGCCUACGACAGGGAUCAUCAUGCCCUCUGGUAACACGCUGCGUGUCAAAAAGAUCUUCCUCAACACCACCCUCACUGAUGAAGAAGCCAAGGUCAUAGGCAUGUCACUUUACUACCCACAAGUAAGAAAGGCCUUAGAUAAUAUCCUGAGACAUCUGGACAAGGAAGUGGGACGCUCCAUGAGCAUGACCAAUGUGCAGAUGUCCAACAAAGAGCCUGAGGACAUGAUAACGGGAGAGAGGAAGCCAAAGAUCGACCUGUUCCGGACGUGUGUGGCCGCCAUCCCCAGACUGAUACCAGACGGCAUGAGCAGACAGGACCUGAUCGAGCUUCUGGCAAAACUGACGAUCCACAUGGACGAGGAGCUGCGGGGCCUCGCCUUCACCACCCUCCAGGCCCUGAUGGUGGAUUUCCCAGAGUGGCGGGAGGACGUCCUCUCAGGCUUCGUGUACUUCAUCGUCAGAGAGGUGACCGAUGUCCACCCUACUCUGCUGGACAACGCGGUCAAGAUGCUGCUGCAGCUCAUCAGCCAGUGGAGGCAGGCGGUGCAGAGCAGCAACAAGAGUCACGACGUGCAGAGCUCCAGCAGCGGUCACUCUCUCCCCCUGGACCGGACUCCGUUGGGCGUGCUGCAUGUGGUGGAGGGUUUGGCUCUGGUGGUGCUUUGUAGCUGCCGACCCGCGACACGCAGGCUGGCUGUCAACGUCCUGAAGGAGGUCCGAGCGCUUCACACCGCGCUGGGCAUCGGAAAGGGAGACGAGGAGUUGGCCAUCGAUGUCAUGGAUAGAUUGAGUGCAUCAGUGUUGGAGAGCUUUAUUCAUCUCACAGGAGCUGACCAGACCAACCUGCUGUACUGUCCCAGUGGGAUUGAUCUUCAGACGCUGGCUGAGUGGAGCUCGUCUCCCAUCAGCCACCAGUUUGACGUGGUGAGCCCGUCGCACAUUUGGGUGUUCGCCCACGUUACUCAGGGCCAGGACCCCUGGGUCAUCAGCUUCUCCAGCUACCUGCGGCAGGAGAACCUGCCCAAACAUUGCCCCACUGCCCUCAACUACGCCUGGAUGUUUGCCUACACCCGCCUGCAGCUGCUGUCGCCACAAGUUGACAUCAACAGCCCCAUCAAUGCCAAGAAAGUGAACAGCCUGAACAGCAGCGACUCCUACGUUGGCCUUUGGAGGAACUACCUGAUUCUCUGCUGCAGCUCCGCAACCUCCUCCCCCUCCAUGUGCUCCUCCUCCUCCUCCACCUCUGGCUCCGUCCGCUGCUCCCCGCCUGAGACGCUGGCGUCCACGCCGGACAGCGGCUACAGUUAUGAUUCAAAGAUUGUUGGCACUCCGUCCCCCUCCUCCCUGUUCAAACACAUCGUUCCCAUGAUGCGCUCUGAGAGCAUGGACAUCACAGAGUCUCUUGUGUUGGGGCUUGGCAGGACCAACCCCGUUGCCUUCAGAGAGUUGAUAGAGGAGCUGAACCCCAUCAUAAAAGAAGCUCUAGAGAGAAGACCUGAAAACAUGAAGCGGCGCAGGCGUCGUGACAUCCUCAGGGUCCAGCUGGUCCGGAUUUUUGAGCUGCUGGCCGAUGCUGGAGUCAUCAGUCAGAUAGCCAGCGGAGGACUGGAUGGAGAGAGCCACUCUCUGAACAGCACACUGCUGGAGUAUGUUGAUCUGACCAGGCAGCUGCUGGAGGCUGAGAAUGACAAGGACUCUGACACACUGAAGGACAUCCGCUGUCACUUCAGUGCACUCGUGGCCAACAUCAUACAGAACGUCCCAGUGCAUCAGAGAAGAACCAUCUUCCCCCAGCAGUCACUGAGACACAGUCUGUUCAUGCUGUUCAGUCACUGGGCCGGGCCUUUCAGCAUCAUGUUCACCCCUCUGGACCGCUACAGUGACCGAAAUAUGCAGAUCAACCGUCACCAGUACUGUGCUUUAAAGGCCAUGUCCGCGGUGUUGUGUUGUGGACCUGUAGCUGAUAAUGUCGGCCUUUCCUCGGACGGCUACCUCUACAAGUGGCUAGACAACAUCCUGGACUCUCAGGACAAGAAGGUCCACCAGCUGGGUUGCGAGGCGGUGAUGCUGCUGUUGGAGCUGAACCCGGAUCAGAGCAACCUCAUGUUCUGGGCCGUGGAUCGCUGCUACACUGGCUCCCGUCGCGUGGCCGCAGGUUGCUUCAGGGCAAUUGCUAAUGUAUUUCACAACAGGGAUUACCAAUUUGACACUGUGGUGCUGCUGAACCUGAUUCUGUUCAAAGCAGCUGAUUCUUCCCGGGACAUCUACGAGGCAGCCAUGCAGCUGUUACAGAUCCUGGAACCCAAGCUCUUCCGUUACGCCCACAAACUAGAGAUCCUGCGAACGGAUGGUAUCCUGACCCCUCCCUCACCGCUGCCACACCUCUACUCUGUGUCUUACUACCAGCUGUCUGAGGAGCUCGCAAGGACUUACCCAGAGCUCACUCUGCCCAUCUUCUCAGAGGUGAGCCAGCGUAUCCAGACAGCACAUCCCGGUGGUCGUCAGGUCAUGCUACACUACCUCCUGCCCUGGAUGAACAACGUGGAGCUGGUUGACUUCAAGCCCACCAUACGCAGACCUGAGGACUGCGGCAGUGGAGAGGAGGAGGAGGAUGUGCACGAACGGGAGAUCAUGAUGGUCAACAGCAGGAGGUGGCUCCGAGGAGAGGGCUGGGGCUCGCCGCGUGCAACAACCAUGGUGCUCAACAAUCUCAUGUUCAUGACUGCAAAGUACGGAGAUGAGUUUGCUUGGUCGGAGAUAGAGAACGUGUGGACGACGUUAGCAGACAGCUGGCCAAAGAACCUCAAAAUCAUUCUGCACUUCCUCAUCAGUAUGUCAGGAGUCAGCAGUGACCCAAGCCUUCUGCCCUACGUGAAGCGAGUCGUGGUUUACCUGGGCAGAGAUAAGACUAUGCAGCUGCUGGAGGAGUUGAUGUGUGAGCUUGAGUUGACAGAUCCAGUUAACUCAGCGGUCACUCACAUGGACAACCCCCCGUAUUACCGCAUCACCUCCAGUUACAAGAUCCCCUCAGUCACCUCAGGAACAACCUCCAGCAGCAAUACCAUGGUGCCAGGAAAUGAAGGUCAUCAUGACAGCAAGAUCAAAGACUCCAACAUGGAGGACAGUUACACCCACCUGGAUAUCUACAGCGGUCUGAACAGCAACCUGAACCGUCAGCACCACCGUCUGGAGUCUCGCUACAGCAGCAGCUCUGGAGGAUCCUAUGAGGAAGAGAAGAGUGACUCCAUGCCUCUGUAUGCUAACUGGCGUUUGAAAGUGAUGGAUCACAACCGGCCCGAGCCGCUCCCCUUCCCUCCUACAGGAGGCUGUUGGUCUCCUCUUGUGGACUACCUUCCAGAAACAAACGCACCAGCUGUACCUCUCCACAGAUGCAACAUCGCCGUCAUCCUGCUGACAGACCUCAUCGUAGACCACGGGGUCAAAGUGGAGUGGAGUGCCUACCUGCACCUCUUGCUGCAUUCAAUUUUUAUAGGCUUUGAUCACCAGCAUCCAGAAGUCUACGAGCACUGCAAACGUCUCCUCCUCCACCUGCUCGUCGUCCAGGGAGCAAACAGCAGCGUCCAGUCUGUGGCGAUGGUUCUCCUACGGAACAGAGACUUCAACGAGCCGAGGGUCCUGACUGUGAAGCCACCGGCUCCUGAGUACAACCUCACAGGAGUUCAGGAGCUGUUACCAGAUUGUCAGCCAUCCCCCAUGACAGACUCCGGCCUCAGCUCCAGCUCCACCUCAUCCAGUAUAAGUCUCGGGGCGGGGGGAACUGCUCUGUCCCACCUCUCCCCGUCGCUCCUCAGUGAGGUGAACGCCACGGCUGAGCAGGAUGAGAAAGCCAAAGCUCUCAUUGAGUUCAUCACUUCGAGAAAACGAGGCCCUCUCUGGAACCACGAGGACGUGUCGCCCAAAAACCCCAACAUAAAGAGCGCUGACCAGCUGAGUGUGUUCGUGAGACAUGUAGUGACCGUCUUCAAACAAUCCCCCUCAGGUUUCCAGCUUGAGUCCCUGCUGAGUGACAUCGCUCUGCAAACAGCUCUGUCCUGUUCCUCUCGUCACUACGCUGGCCGCUCCUUCCAGAUCUUCAGAGCGCUCAAACAACCUCUGACUCCGGCGUUACUGUCUGACAUCCUGUCCCGGCUGGUGGAGACUGUGGGAGACCCCGGAGAGGAGGCUCAGGGCUUCGUCAUUGAACUCCUCCUGACGCUGGAGUCUGGCAUCGACACGCUGGCAGACACAGUGAAGAACUACGACCUCCUCACUGCCUUAGCACAAGCUCCUACCCGCGAUCAUUUGCUGGGUCCGAAGUUUGCUGCAAACAGGAAGAGCACGGGUCAGCUGAACCUGAACAGCAGCGGUCUGUUCCAUCAUGUCCACGCUCGCAGCAACUCUCUCCGUGCCAGCCUGAUGUGCGAACGAAAAGGAGACAGACGUAGGAGUAACACCUUAGACAUAGCAGACAGACUGGGUGGAAGCCACGGAAACCUGGCCCGCACGCGGAGCUUAUCAUCAUUAGGUGGAGGAGGGGGUCCGGGAGGGGAAGCCACUCCCCCCGUGGACCCUUCGAGUCUGAUGGCCACCGUGUUCUGGAUCGCCGUCUCGCUGCUGGAGUCGGACUACGAGUUCGAGUACCUGCUGGCUCUGCGGCUGCUGAACAAGCUGCUGGGUCAGCUGCCGCUGGACCGCCCGGACAGCAGGGAGCGUCUGGAGAAGGUGCAGGCCAAGCUGAAGUGGUACAGCUUCCCCGGCCUGCUGCAGCUCUUCCUGAAGGGCUUCACCUCGGCUUCUACUCAGGAGCUCACCAUCCACCUGCUGAGCAAGCUCAUCAGUGUGUCCAGACACACGUUGAUAGACCCGUCACAAGUGGCAGGUUUCCCUCUGAACAUCCUGUGCCUCCUUCCUCAUCUCAUCCAGCACUUUGACAGCCCCACUCCUUUCUGUAAGGAGACGGCCGACAAGAUCGCCAAGGUGUGUGCGGAGGAGAAGUCGGCCACGCUCUCCAACCUCGCCCACAUGAUGAGUCUGUACAGCACGCACAGCUACUCCCGCGACUGCACCAACUGGAUCAACGUGGUUUGUCGCUACCUCCACGAUGCCUUCAACGAGAUCACCUUGAACCUGGUCACUUACCUGGCCGAGUUGCUGGAGAAGGGCCUUCCCAGCAUGCAGCAGUCCUUACUGCAGAUCAUCCACAGCCUGCUGAGUCACAUCGACCUCUCAGCCGCUCCUGUCAAACAGUUCAACCUGGAGAUCAUGAAGAUCAUCGGGAAAUAUGUUCAGAGCCCUCACUGGAAAGAGGCCCAAAACAUUUUGAAGCUGGUUGUGUCUCGCUCAGCCAGCCUCGUCGUCCCCGAUGACGUGCAGCGCUCGUACAGCACAGAAUCAUGCGGCUCGCCAGAAAUCGCCUUCACGCGCAUUUUCAACAACUCCUCCAAGGAGCUGCCAGGAAAAACUCUGGACUUCCACUUUGACAUCUCAGAGACGCCAAUCAUAGGUCAUAAAUACGGCGAUCAGCGUACUGCAGCGGGCAGGAACGGAAAGCCACAGGUGAUCGCUGUGACGAGGAGCACCUCCUCCACAUCUUCUGGCUCCAACUCAAACGGGCUCGUGCCAGUGAGCUGGAAGAGGCCUCAGCUCUCUCAGAGGAGAACCAGGGAGAGACUGAUGAAUGUCCUGUCUCUCUGUGGCCCAGAGUCUGGCAUUCCAAAAAAUCCAUCUGUAAGACUCCUCUCCUACUCUAAAGCUUCAGACAAGGUGGUGUUUUCAUCCAAUGAGGACCUGGACUCUGCAGACCAGCAGACCAGUCUCAUUCCCACGGUGGAGGAGGUGGUCAGAGAGGAGGAGGUGCAGGGAGAAGAUACGGGCAGUGAGCAGCAGUUUGGGGUCUUCAAGGACUUUGACUUCUUGGAUGUGGAGCUGGAGGAUGCUGAGGAGUUUCAGGGGGAGAGCAUGGACAACUUCAACUGGGGGGUGCGCCGCCGCUCCCUGGAGAGCAUGGACAAAGGGGACACGCCGUCUUUGCAGGAGUGCCAGUACGCGGGCAGCACGCCAAGCCUCAACCUCACCAACCACGAGGACACGGAUGAAUCGUCUGAGGAGGAGGUACUGAGCGCUAGCCAGAUUCUCACCCGCUCUGGCCUUCUGAACAGCGACUCUGCGACCGACGACACAGCGUCCAACCACGUGGACUCCCUGCAGCAGUCUCAAGAGUCGUCCAGCAGCGCCCUGACGGAGGAGGCAGCCGGCCUGCCCUCUCUGCCCUCCCUCCCUCGCCUGGAUAGCCCCAUGUUGGAGAUGGCCCAUUCAGACAGCGCCAGCAGCCAGCUGCCUGAGGACGCUGUAAGCAUGACAGCAGCCGACGAGCUGAGCAGCAGCGUGAGCGAGGACACGGGGUUUUGCAGCGCCCCCCCUCUACCCUCUGACCCGCAGGAGCUCUGUGACCUCCAAGACUCGCAUGACUCUCAGGACGCUCAGGAACCCCUGGAGAUCCAGGACCCUCAGGACACUCAGGAACCCCAGGAGAUCCAGGACCCUCACGAGGACCUGGAGCCUGCCCCCCCUCCUCCGCCGGCCAUAGACACUCCACCGGGGUCCCUCUCUGAGGAGGACCCCCAAACAGUCCUGCCCCUGGCUCUGCCUUUGCCCACGCCGCCGUCUGAGACGAAGGCAGACCCGGAUCCGGAUCCUGACAGCACGUGUGAGUCCGUGUGGGAGGAGGACGUGACGCAGGCCCUGAAGGAGCUGGAUGAACGCUGCGAGGAGGAGGAGGCAGACUUUUCUAGCAUGUCCAGUCAGGAUGAAGGUGAUGCAGACUGCUUCCCAGAGAUCCAGGCCUCUCCGCCCCCUUCGCCCUUCCUCUCUGCGAUCCUGGCGGCAUUCCAGCCUGUUGCCUAUGACAAUGAGGAAGAUGCUUGGCGUUGCCAUGUCAACCAGAUGUUGUCAGACACAGACGGGUCCUCUGCUGUUUACACCUUCCACGUGUUCUCCAGACUCUUCCAGAGCAUUCAGAGGAAAUUUGGCAGCAUCACACAUUCGUCUGUUCGCUUUCUCGGGGAGAGGCUCCAGCGAAUGGGAAAUCAGUUCCUGAGCUCCCUGGAAGUCAUGACGUCUCGCUCGCAGUGCCCCACAGUGCUGCUGGAUGCAGAGACGCUGGUCUCUUGUGGACUGUUGGAGACCCUGAAGUUUAGUGUGCUGGAGUUGCAGGAACACCUGGACACCUACAACGCCAAGAGAGAAGCAGCAGAGCUCUGGCUGGAAAACUGCAGGAAAACAUUUGGAGACAAAGACAGCAGCCAGCGACCAAACACUCACGCACAGCAAAUGGAAAAACUAGCAGAGCUGGAGUUGUGUCGCAGGCUCUAUAAGUUGCACUUUCAGCUGCUGCUGCUCUUCCAGGCGUACUGCAAGCUCAUCAGCCGGGUGGACACCAUCAAGAGGGAGGCCGAGGUGACCAACAUGUCCGAAGAACUCUCCAUCCUCGAGAGCUGUCUGAAGGAGGCAGAGACAGGAAAUGAUGGCCAGGAGGAUGUGUGCAUGUCAGACGCGGCGCAGACCAACACGGAGACGGCGAUCCAAUCGCUGAUAGAGAGUCUGAGAGGCAGAGACUUCAGCUCUGCUCUGUCGCAGGUCAAAAUCUUCAGGUCUUUGUGGCCCAACGACAUCUUCGGCAACGAGACAGACGAUGCAGUCCAGACCCUCCUGCACAUCUACUUCCGUCACCAGACGCUGGGUCAGACGGGCUGCCUGGCGGUGGUCGGCCCUAGCAGGGAUCUGUCCCAGGCCAGCACCCGCCUCAUGGAGCUCAACCUGCAGAUCCGAGAGGCUCUGAGUCAGGCGCAGGCCUGCCAGACCCACACCACCAUGGUCAGCACGGGACUGUGAGGCUGUGGGACUGCAGGGCUGCAGAACUGGACUAGACUGGACACAAAUACCCCCUCACCUGCUCUACGCAGACCUUACCUCAGCCGUAGAGAGAGGGUAGGCAGUGAGGGGCUUCAGAGGAGGACAAGAGAGACUCCACCUAUAAAGGGCUAAAGGAUGUGUGGGAAUAACUGUGACUCUUAAUAUAUUAUUACACGUAUGAAUGCUUAAAGCUAACAUCUUUCCCAGACGAAGCCAACCUGCAAAAUUCAGUUGCAAUAAGUCAUGUGGUGGUGUGUGUGGAGAAGACAGAGAGGACCCAGUGGGAUUUUUCUUCUUUUUGUUUUCUUUAACUUUUUGUUUUUUGCUGGAUCUGACCCGCGGGGUCCAACGCAGCGAGCGCUGGCCUUCCUCGGGUCCUGGGCUGGAAGUUGGUGAUGAAGCUUGUGAACCCAGUCCAGAUGAGGUGUGGGUUGUGUGAGGAUGCACCAUCAAGAUUCAUAAACGGGCAAAAAUCUUGUUUAAAAAAAAAAAAAAAAAAAGUUUUCAAAAGCAUGCUUGAAAGAGAGAAGCACUGCAAGAAUAUUUUUUUGAGAAAUGUAUUUUUUAUUAGAGCUAACAUCCUAGGUUGUAAAUGUUAGGAUAUUUAACAUGUAAUUGUAACCCUGUGGGAAGCCUUCAGGGAGUGUAAAAAGAGAAAUAUAUCUGUUUAUUGAUCUGCUCUGAGAGGAGAGUCCCUUCAACAGGUCUUCACGCAAAUCUCACUCUUUAACCAAAUAAGUAGCUGCCUUUAGACCGUGUGACAUAUAUUGGAUAUUCUGGUAUAUACGCUCACACACAAAUGCAUAUAAUUGCACAGGAGUGCAGACUGGCUACAACUCAUUAUGGAAACAUAACUUAUUUUACUCUGUAUAUAUUUUAGAAAAUGUAUAGUGUAAAACCAGUAUUUUUCCCUUGUACUUUUGUGUAAUGCACUGUUCAUCCGGGUAGGAUGUCUGUAUAAAGCUAACGAGAUGAGAGAAAGCCAA